AAUCUUUGACUGCAUAAGAACCUUUUCUUAAAUUUAGGUUUAGUGUUUUUUUAUUUUGAAGGAGUAAUCCGGAAGCUGUAGUUUUCAUUUAGAGUGUUGUCUUGACAUAGACCGUUCCAUAUACCCCGUGAUCUCCAAAACAACAUAACAAAAGUGGGGAAAAAACAUGGCGUGCGGAGAGGAGGCCACAAAACGCCCCUUGUUAACCUCCUCUACGGUCGGCCUGGAGGAUCUGUUCCCUGCCGGGACCUCGGAGCAGGCGUGCGGGGACGGGAACCCGGAGCUCGACCGCUUGCGGGAAUGUCUCCAAGCUUGGCUAUCGCCGUACGAGCCCCUGCUGCUGUGGGUGCAGAGGCUGCUGGUCUGGGAGAGGCCGCUGUAUAGCGUCUCAGCCGCCCUGACUCUUAACACUUUAUUCUGGGUCCUGUCCUCCACUUCCCUGCGGCCCCUGUUCCUGCUGAGUGUGUCCCUGCUGGGCCUGAUGCUGCUGGAGAGAUGGAAGCCCAAGUUGCCCAUCAUUACAGUCCAACAUGCUGAGGCUGAACCUACACAAAGCCCAACUUUGAGCUCGGAGCAUCAUCUGCUCAGCGUCCCGGAGCUCAGCCACCACCUCGCCGAGAGCUACCUGACCUGCUGCCUGUAUCUGCAGGAGAUGCUGCAGUACAAACGCAGAAACCAUGGAAGGUUCUGUGUGAUGAUGUGCAGCGGCUGCUUUGUGCUCGCUCUGGUUGGACAUUAUGUGCCAGGAAUCAUGAUUUCAUAUAUCAUAGCCCUAAGCGUGCUGCUGUGGCCCCUGGUGGUGUAUCAUGAGCUGAUCCAGAGGAUGUACACCGGCUUGGAGCCGAUUCUGAUGAAACUGGACUACAGCAUGAAGGGCGACACCGAGCACCGGAAGCACGACAAGAGGAAGGUAAAAAAGGAGCUGGAGGAGGGCGAUGAGCCCAGAGCAGAAACCGAAAGUGAGAGCGAGGAAGAGGAGGAAGAAUUGUCCUGUUUUGCUCCAACGGUGGAUGUGAAAACGACAGCUCUGGCAAUGGCCAUCACAGACUCUGAACUGUCAGAUGAAGAAGCGUCCAUCCUGGAGAGCGGAGGCUUCCCGGUCUCCAGAGCCACCACGCCUCAACUAACUGAUUUCUCUGAAGACCUGGACCCGCAGAGUUUCCACAGUGAUCCGGAGGAGGCCUACCUGCGGGAUCUUCCCGAGUUCCCCUCCGUUGAGGAGUUCCCCUCCAUAGAGCACAGUCUGCUUCACUUCCCCCCGCGAGCUCAGAGCGAUGGCGGCCAGUCGGAGAAGGAACCGCUGAGCCCCGCCACGCUCCUCAUCCAGCACCUAGCGUCGCCUCUGCACUUUGUGAACACGCAUUUCAAUGGACACAGACGGCCACCGGGGGGCGAGGAGGGUGCCCUGCCGGCAGCGGGGAUCAGGGAAGAGGCGGAGGCGGCGGUGAGUCAGGGCGCUCAGCGCUCCUUGGAGGCUCUGAGCGAGGAGAUAGUGAGCACAGCCAUCUCCACCGUCGUGCAGAACACUCUGUCGGCGCUGCUGCGCUCCGGCGAGGACCCCUCCCUGGCCGACUUCCUCCCGACUGAAACCCUACCGGGCGCUCUGGAGUCACCCAGCCAGUCCGCCGACACUACAGUGGGAGUCCCGGAUCCGGACAGAGACCCGGAGGACGGGGCUACGACAACGGAAAGCGCAGCUGGCGAAGAGUACCCGGAUGACACUCUAGUAGCAACUGAGGAAGAGGACUUUGAGCUUUUGGACCAAAGUGAACUGGAGCAGGAGGACGAAGGUCUGGACAGAGAGGUGGGGGGGGCAGAUCCAGAUCCAGACGCACCUCAGCAACCACAGUCAUAGCCCCACUGGUCCCCCUUCCAUCUGCUUUUGCUUUUAUUUGUACAUCAUAUCUAUAAAAACCCCAAAUAUACAUAUGUCUCUCUAUCUAUAGAUAGAUAUAGAUCUAUAUAUAUAAAAUGCAUUAGUUCUGCAGCUUACUAGUGAGGCUCCAUUCAGUAAAACAAAACUCUACUGUACCUUUUAAAGGGGACAUUUUAUUCAAGAGCUACCCAUUCUAGUGCAUUUACAGUCAAACUUCUCCCAUUCUCUUUGCUACUCCCAAUAUCCUUUCAUUUAAAAACGAAAAGCUGGUUCUGAUUAACCCGUAAUUGAUCCAAAGUCUGGCAUUAAAUUAGCUCAAGUUGGAAAACUGUUCCAGUCUUACAGUUGGGAAGCAGCCAGCACUUUGUAGAGAAGUUUAAAUGUAUAACAUGUUCAGAUAAAAUCCCUAAAUUUUCCCCUUUAUAUGCAGUGCUAGCAGAGGUUGACUCAUCAUGGAAAAGAGUUAUCAGUUUUUUUUUCUUUUUUUUCUUAAAGAGAACAGGAAGAAGCUUUCGGGUUUUUUGGGGGUUUUUUUUGUAGGUUUUCUCUAAUCCACUUUUAUAUUUUUUUUAAGUGAUUGUCAUGGGGGGGUGGGAUCAGAAAAUUGCAUAUGCAUAGCCAGUUUCUCAACUGCUGCAGUAAAUGAGACACUAAUAUCCAUGUUGUUACAUAAACACACAUUGCUUUGUUUAUAAAUGUAUUGUUGAUUCCAGAAGCGUUUUCCAGUCCAGAACUGUCCCGUUGUGUGGACACGACUGGAUGUUUGUUACUUUUCAUUAGUCCUGUCUUCAUUCUUUUUGUCCAACCACCUGUUCUAGAGGCAAUGAAACCACACCAUGAUGCUGCCACCACCACCGUGCUUGACCUUUGGGAACUAUGGAGUUUAAUGCAACUGCUUCCCAUGAUGAGUGUACCUGAACCACAAAUGUGUCCCCUGGUUGAGACGGUACAGUAGAGGUUUGUGUCGGUUUCCUCCUGAAUGUUUGAGGAGGCAGAACUUGAAUGAAGGAUUGUUGGUUACGGGUUGUGGUUGCCUGGCAACCAGAAUCUGGCUCCUGAUGACAGUAGCUCACUCGCUGAAUCCGUCCGAGCAUAAGUUUGGGAGAAGGUAAAAAUGAUGGAAGGUAAAAAGAUUUAUACCUAUUAAUAUAUGCUAUAAAUUAUUUAAAUUAACAGCCAGCUAGUAUAGAAAGACUGAAAGUUUAUUUUUAUCCUUUUGGCUACCAUAUUGAUUGUAUAUAGGUGUUUUAAUGGCACAGUGUACAUCCAGAUGUAAAUUGUAGGAAAAUUACACGAAUCCCUUACUGAACCUCUGCAUUUUCGUUUAAAAAAAAAAAAAGAAGAAGCGAUUUUGUUUUUUUAGUGACUCGUUGCCUGAAAAUUGCAGCUUUGACAUUAUUGGAUGUUAUGAAUAUAGAAAUGGCACACAAGUGACUUUCAUGUGUGGCAAAACAGAAGAAGGACGCAAUUAUUAUUUUUUUUUCUAUCGUCAUCUGUACAUAAUUUGUCUGUUUGUGACUGAAAAAAAUGUUAUAUAGGCCCUUCAUGUGCAUAGCUGUCACUGUCUGUUACUGUUCAUGCAUGCGGUGUAUCGCGCAUGUAGGAACAUUUUGUUUUCAGGGGACUUUGGCUAUUUUAUUAAAUUUUUUUCUUUCUCCCUUUCUUGUAACGGCUUGGGAAUUGUUACAACAAUUGGCUCAGAAACAAUCAAGUCCGUAGGGAGGGGCCUUUUCUGCUUUCAUAAACGACUCGGCAUCCGACUCAGGUUGUACAAAAGCGAACGCAACACAGCGGAAGACGUCUCCGUUUCCUGCCCAGUAGUAGUGCAUCGUAUUUCUACUAAUCUCUGCUCUGUUUUCUCCCAGUUGCUAAUAGUGUAGAAGUGCAAAAAAAAAAAAAAAAAAGAUGGGAAGUGUAUUUUCUGCAUGUAAAAACAGCACUCUGUUCAAGUUCUCCUUGUCUUCAGACAAAGUACUGCACAACUUGUGAUGGGGAAAAAAAAACAAAACAACAAAAAACAAACCGUUGAAUGCUUCAGGUGAAAAGAGGUUCAGUUUGAUAUUUUGUUACUAAUGAUGGAAAUAAAAGUUUAAUGUUUAAAGACUUCUA